AUGUUGGCCGUUCAUCUUGUUUCCUUCUUCUUCACCAAACUCCAGGAGGACCCCACGAAGAAGGUGGACAGGUUUCUCCAUGCAAUGCGUCUCCAUGACGACCAGCUAAACGACAUCUCGGCUCGUUUCCAGGCCGAAAUGAAGAAGGGGCUUUCAGCAGAAAGCAACGCUGCCGCCGCAGUUAAGAUGCUGCCGACGCACGUCCGCUCCACUCCCGAUGGAUCAGAGAAAGGACAGUUUAUGGCGCUGGAUUUUGGAGGCUCCAAGUUCAAGGUGCUCCAAGUUAAAGUGAGAGAGGGAAUGGGGAUUAGGAAGGGAGGAGUGGAGAUGGACGAGAAAACCUACAGGAUACCAAAGGAGCUGCUCACAGGGAGAGGAACAGAGUUAUUUGACCAUGUGACCGAGUCGCUAAAGGACUUCCUGCACGAGAGGAACAUCAGUUUGGAAAAGAAACACCCUCUGGCCUUUACUUUCUCUUUCCCCUGCGAGCAGACCGCCUUGAAUCGGGGAUUAUUGUUAAGCUGGAGUAAGAACUUCAGGGCUCGAGGCCUCCAGGGAAAAGAUGUGGUCCAGGUCCUCAGAGACUCUAUUGACAGAACUGGGGGUAUGGACAUGGAGGUGUUAGCUAUGGUUAAUGACACUGUAGCAACCAUGAUGACUUGUGGGUUUGACGACCAGUACUGUCAAGCAGGACUCAUCAUUGGCACAGGCACCAAUGCGUGCUACAUGGAGGAGUUGCGUCAUGUUGACCUGGUGGAGGGAGACGAGGGCAGGAUGUGUGUGAACACUGAGUGGGGAGCCUUUGGAGAUGAUGGGGCCCUGGAUGAUUUCAUAACAGAGUUUGACAGAGAUGUCGACGCAGCCUCCAACAACCCUGGAAAACAAAUCUUUGAGAAGAUGAUCAGUGGGAUGUAUCUGGGUGAGUUAGUGAGGCUGGUGGUGUUGAAGAUGGCUAAAGUAGGAAAGCUGUUUGACGGACGUGUGUCGGACGCCCUGAGGACCAAAGGGAAGAUAACCACUGCACAUGUAGCAGCCAUGGAGGAGUACAAAAAUGGUCUGAAGAACACUCGAACCAUUCUCGAGGAGCUUGAUUUGAGCCCAUCAGAUGAUGACUGCAUCGCUGUUCAACACAUCAGCACCAUCGUGUCCUUCAGGUCCUCAAAUCUGGUGGCUGCUGGACUGGCUGCCAUCUUAACCCGGAUCAAGCACAACCGGAAUCGGAGGGCCUUAAGGAUCACUGUAGGUGUGGAUGGAACCGUGUACAAGACACACCCGCAGUAUCCUAAACGUCUCCACAAAGUGGUUCGACGGCUGCUUCCUGACUGCCAUGUUCGAUUCGCCCUCUCAGACAGCGGCAGCAGCAAAGGAGCCGCCUUGGUGACGGCAGUCGCUCAGCGUCUGGCAUCACGGAAGCGACAGGUGGAUGAGACUCUGUCCUCCUUCAAACUGAGCCAAGAGCAGCUCCAGCUGGUCAAAGCCAGGAUGAGAGCAGGGCUGGAGGCCGGGCUGAAGAGUAAAGGCCCCUCAGCAAUCAAGAUGCUGCCGUCAUUUGUGUACCACACACCUGAUGGCACAGAGAAUGGAAAAUACCUUGCCUUGGAUCUGGGAGGAACCAACUUCAGAGCUAUGCUGGUGAACUUCAAAAAGAGCCUACAACAGAAUGUACGACUUUACCAUAAGAUCUACACCAUACCGCUGGAGAUAAUGCAGGGGACUGGAGAAGAGUUGUUUGAUCACUUAGCACAGUGUAUUGGUGACUUCCUGGACUACAUGGGGAUGAAGAACGCUCGUCUUCCUGCAGGUUUCACCUUCUCCUUCCCCUGCGAGCAAACAGCCAUUGACACGGGCACGUUGGUGAGCUGGACCAAAGGCUUCAAAGCCACAAACUGUGAAGGACAUGACGUUGUCAGCAUGCUGCGGGAGGCCAUCAAGAGACGCAACGAGUUUGAGUUGGACAUAGCAGCAGUAGUCAAUGACACAGUUGGGACGAUGAUGAGUUGCGCCUAUGAAGACCCUCAGUGUGAAAUUGGUCUGAUUGCUGGAACUGGCACAAACGUUUGUUACAUGGAGGAAGUGAAGAACAUUGAGAAGACAGAACUACAGAAAGGAAAACCGGAAAAAUUCAAGGGAACACCUGACGGAGAGCAGGACGAGGUAGAAGAACUCAGUCAGGGGGCUGCUGAGAUGUUAAAGAUGUGUGUAAACACAGAAUGGGGAGGUCUGGGUGACGAUGGCUCACUGGAUGAUAUCAUCACACCUUAUGACACUGAAGUGGACCAAAACUCAGUGAAUCCUGGAAAACAAAGGUUUGAAAAGCUGACCAGUGGGAUGUAUUUAGGUGAAAUUGUCCGCCAAGUAUUAUUGGAUUUAACCAGAGGAGGUUUGCUGUUCAGAGGACACGUCACAGAAACCUUAAAAACACCUGGAAUAUUCCAAACCAAAUAUCUGUCACAAAUAGAGAGUGACCGCCUGGCUCUACUGCAGGUCAGAUCUAUUCUCCAGCAGCUGGGGCUCAACAGCAACUGUGACGACAGCAUCAUUGUCAAAGAGGUAUGUGGAGCUGUGUCACGUCGUGCCGCUCAGCUGUGUGGGGCAGGGAUGGCGGCCGUGGUCGAUAAGAUCAGAGAGAACCGAGGGCUGGACCAUCUGAACAUCACUGUAGGGGUCGACGGGGCUCUCUACAAACUACAUCCACAUUUCUCUGGAGUUCUCCAAAAGACGACCAAAGCUCUGGCUCCUCGGUGUGAUGUGACUUUCCUGCCAUCAGAGGAAGGCAGUGGGAAAGGUGCUGCCCUCAUUACCGCCGUGGCCAGAAAGAAGAAGGAGAUCUAACUUCACAUGACUGAAAAACACUAAUUUACCAAACUCAUGUUUUGGAUCGGCCCCUCCUGGUGCACUGCUGUUCUCGUCACCGUUCAGUCCUGAGUUCGCCUGAGAGAGAGUUAUACUGUUGUGUGUUUUCUGUGAAACAACACUGUGGAUGGAGGGUGGAAGCACUGCUGCCACUGAUGAGAUCGAUGUCCAUAAUAAAUGUUUAAAGAACUGGAACCGGAUUAAAGGAUUUUUACAUUCA